AUGGCCCAUCUGCAGCUCUGGCUCGCUGUCCUCUCAGGGAUCGUGGCCCAGGAAGACCUCUACCGCAAGGUCUUUGUCUUCGGGAAGGACCCCAGCGACGCCUUCGUGCUGCUGGAGGCCAGGCUGGAGCAGCCCCUGCGCAACUUCACCGUCUGCCUGCGCUCCUACACCGACCUCGCCCGGCCCCACAGCCUCUUCUCCUACGCCACCAAGGCGCAGGACAAUGAGAUCCUCCUCUUCAAGCCCAAGCCCACCGAGUACCGCUUCUACGUCGGGGGCAAAUUCGUCACCUUCCGCGUCCCCGAGGGCCGCGGGGACUGGGAGCACGUCUGCGCCGGCUGGGAGUCGGCCACCGGCGUCGCCGAGUUCUGGCUCAACGGCAAGCCCUGGCCCCGCAAAGGGCUGCAGAGGGGCUACGCGGUGGGGGUGGAGGCAGCCAUCAUGCUGGGGCAGGAGCAGGACACCUUCGGGGGCGGCUUCGACUUCUACAACUCCUUCUCGGGGGAGCUGGCCGACGUCUACCUGUGGGACACGGCGCUGUCCCCGGACAAGAUGCGAGCUGCCUACCUGUCCCUGCGCCUGCCGCCCGCCCCCCUGGCGUGGAGGAGCCUCAGCUACCAAGUGAAGGGCGACGUAGUGGUGAAAGCUCGGCUGCGGGAGGCUCUGGCGCCGUGA